AAAAUGGUUGUAGCAACAACACUUGUAGCUUCCGGUACUGUCUAACCAUCGAAACACUGUUAUCUGUGAUUUAAACGUAAAACAAAAACAGUGUCAGGAUGGCGACCCAGGACCUCGGUAUGGACAUGAUCACAAAACGACCACGGACCCCUAGGGAUCCAUACACCACACUUACUGACAUCCAGGUUAAAAAUUUGAAAAAGGACCCCCAGGCAUACUUUAUGAAUAGUCAGGGUGGAAACAAAGCCUACCCAAUGACGGGUUGGUACCGUGACCGGUAUGCCAAGAACAUGAGCCAGCACCUGGUACGGGGCAUAUCGAAGUCCCAGCCCUACUGUUACGUAGAUUAUCAGUGGAACAGGAGCCCACCAGAACUCCACAACACAGUCAGGCAUGGAGCUGCCGAGCGCUGGGGGCCAGACAAAGUUGGUAUGAGAACUGUACAGCAUUUUAAUAACCCUGAAGAUAACAACCGAUUUGUAAGCACAGAAUUAUACCGAAGACAGCCAACAAACCAACCAGGCUUCGUAAGCACAACGUAUGGGCGGCCUGGGGACGGAUAUUAUCUCCUGAGGAACCCCAAUACAAAAACUUGGUUCGGAUCCACUGUGCCCCUGAACCGCACUGGGAUCUUAGAGUCAAUACACCCCAAGACAACAGCUGAAUAUAAGUCCAUGCGAAAGUCUGACCAUGAAUCUGUUGCCCAGAGGAAAGGAAGAUACCCAGUAUAUUCAGAAUACACAGACAGAUUUGGUUUACAGACAAAGAUAGAACCGAUGAUGAGCACGCGACAAAGGAUGAAGACUUACAUAGAAGACACUGCAUAAGACAAAACCAUACAUUUGUAUUGGCAUGUUACACUGUGAUAUUACUUGAUGUGCAAUGGAUGCCAGUACUAAUCAAUCAACGGACAGAUAGUAUUCACUGUAUAGUUUCACUGUUAAGGAUUUUACCAAUUGGAUUCAACGGGAUAUCCAGGAGUCCUAUUUGAAAUGCAGUGUUUGACCAAUGGGAUUUGUGAAUGGAACUUUCUAUAUGAAUAUAACAGCACUCAUGAGGGACUUACGUGGUUAAGAUUUCCAUCGUUUUACAUGUAUUUAUAUACAACGAGGUGACGUACAAUCUUGAAAUGAUACUGUAUUUUCAUUAGUGACGUUUGGUUGAAGUAGUUCUCUAACCAAAAUAUCUGCGGUCAUAUUAUUCCCAUCUUUGCGUUAUUUAAAUAUUGACAAAUACUGACAAAUGUAAAAGAGAUUAGACCAAAGCGUUUUAGCUAAAAUAAAGUAAAUGUGGGUUAUAGAGUUGUUAAAUGAAGUUUGACACAUACACGUAAGUGUCUCACUAACUACGACACAAGAAUACGUAGACAAACACAUAUUUCUGAAUAUGCUACUUAAAGAUAUGUUUAUAACUGACAGAUUGCUCGACCCUGACCCAUGGACCGGAUUAAUGAACUAUUGUUGGUUAAAGUUAAACACUAAAGGACACAUGGGUACCAGGAUGUCAACUAUUUUGUUAUAUUUACACUAUUGGACAUAUGGACAUAUACAGGACUGGAUAUGCAAGCAUCAUAUGAAGUGCCAAAUGGUGAAGUGUCGUAUGUUUCCAACGUUUCCUGUAUGAAUGGAUACUAUAUAUAUAUCUGUAUGUAUUUUUGUAAUUUACGUUGUACACAAGGAUACCUCAUAGAUGUAUCUGUCUCAUCCUUUCUUAAUAAUCUCUCUAAUAGAUUUUUUUAUAAAUAUAUUUAACAUUUGUCACUCUGUGUGUAUUCCAGAGCCAAAGUUAUGAUCAUGUGUUACAAGGUUAAGAUUUACAAAGAACUCUUUAAUCUAUAACAAUGAUGAACAAAGAAAUAAAAUUAAAAAAAUCAAUAUGUUUUAUCCGUACACAUGCACAGCGUUAAACUACUUUCGGAAUUUCUUAUUACAAUUUACACAUGACUGUGGGUGUGAUGCGAUGCAGCCCCAGCGACUUUGUUAACCAUUAAAUCUAUCAAGUCAAACUUAUUCAGGAUUAGUCUAACAGCAUUAAAUACAGCAAGAUAACCAAUACUACUGCAUGCUGAAAAUGUUUUUUUAUCAAACUUCCAGCUAGGCACGUUAGAGUAUUAGACUUACAUUGUAGUACACUUUAGUUCUUAUCUGUAGUAAUCCUAAAACUGUUAACACUAUCAGUAAGCAGGUCACAGCAUUUACACGGUGCUUAUACUAAAAUCAAAUACUUGCCUUUCUAUUUUGCAGCAUCACCAAAUACAAUGUAGAUUACUGAAUUAACAGCGUAGUAUCAUUAGUAGAAGUAAUGCACUAGACGGUCAGCUAAACCUAUGCAGGGGAAAUAGAUAGCCCGCGUUUCCUCUGGCCCUAACACCAGACUGUCCAUGUCUGGUCUCAGGGCCAGAUAGGCUGAUAAAAAUAGACUGCUCCUACAAAAAAUGUGAUAAGUUGCACCCUGAUAUAGCUUCCUGCAUUGAUUAAGACCUGAUAGCAUUAACCAAGCGGAAGGUUCUGGUUAGAAUUAGAUUUAUUUAUUUGACAGAACACUAUUGCAUAACAAAAAUACCGGUAUUUUUAAUAUGUAUGUCAUACAAUUAAUACGAGCUUUAAUAUGAAUCUGUUUUGUAGUGAGAUAUUUGUCUAUACAGAAGGCUUAGUUACAUUUCGUAGAGCAAUCUUGCCUUCUUUAUAGCUUUUGUAUUUGUAGUAUUUUAUUUUAUUUUGCGCACAUUGUGCUAACCGUUCAAAGAUUUGUGAAUUACGUUUAAAUCAAUUAAAUUUUAAAUGCUAUUUGAGUAGUCAUUAUUAUCUUUUUGAUAACAAUUUAUGUUGACAUGAAAUGCUUUGGAGUUGGUAUAUUCUAUUUUUUUUACACAUUAAUUUGAUUAAACCUAUGCGUAGUGUCACAUUUUCAUGAGAUCGGGAAAAAAUCUUCUUGCUGGAUGUUCAGUGUACUAUGAAAUGAUAGCAGUUAUGUAAAUCUAAAUCACCUUACAUGUCGAAAGUUUACGGUAUUUGAGUUCUUUCCGAGAUUACAUCACCCCUAUCAAAAGCAGGACUUUUAAAAUCAUGCGUAAACUAUAAAUUUGCUAUAGCAUUUUGAUAUUUGCUAAAUGUGUCACAUAAUAAAUUAUGUUGAAUGUAUUAUGUGGAAAUGUUGCUAUCAAAUUUUCAAACGAAAUAUAUGGUUUAUCAUUACGUUUAAGUCCGAACAUUUUGUAACCAUGUUUAAAAAGUGAGGAUGUAUUUAUCAAAAAGUUGCAUAUGCAUGACAAAUGAUCUUAACCAAUAAAAUGUUGUUACAUCAG